AUCGGAGUGAAGAUACGCAAGUGAUCCGUCUCCGGGUUUGUGGAAUUUGCACAGGGUGCAGUUGCAACGCACGUGGAAGUAGGGGUUUGUGUUUAAAUGUUCUUUAAUUCAGUCAACAUAUUCUCUUGUUUAAUAUAUAUUCCUCACAGUACAGUACGCUGUUUUGACAUGGACAGUCAUUAUUAGCUGGUUAGCCCGAAUGCACGGAGGAAAAUUACUUCCAAGUUUGUCCAUGAGAAGCUUAGCACUGAUCCUCUUCCCGUGUGUGAUCGCGGUGCUGGUGCAUGAGUGGUGGCGGCUGAAGGACCAGACUGAUUUCUUCUCGGAUAUCAGGGCUGCAGGGAGGUGGAGGCAGAGCCAUCUUCAUAGUCAGAUAGGUGAUCUUCAACAUCCUUUGACUGUGAAUGGCAGCAGAAGGAUGGUGUAUGAAGUUGUGGUUGGAGUUUUAUCUGCAAGGCAUCACCAUGAUCUGAGGGAGGCCAUAAGAGCCACAUGGAUGGGGUACAUCAGAGACCACCCUGACUUCCGGAAUCGGGUGCUGGUGAAAUUUAUCAUUGGUAAACAUGGCUGUGCAAUACCUGAAGAAGAUCGGGAAGACCCAUAUUCCUGCACCCAGCUGAACCUCACAGAACCAGGGGCUGUGCAGGAUGUGACUGUCCUAAGCAAGCCUAGUGCUUUGGUGCCAUCUGAUGUCUCAGCCAUAUGUUUGGAUUUUAAGGUCCUCCACCCUAUAGUGAUUACACAACUGGGGGUGUUUCCCAGUGGCCCACAGAACGAUUUCAGGGGCAGUGUCACAGUAAAGCUAUUCCCAGUAGACCAAAAGGAACCAGUUGUGACUGCUCACCUCACUGCCCUGAGUCCAGGUGUGUAUGUGGAAGGGAUCUGGUAUAAAGCUGUGGAACAGUUUGUUUUGCCAAAGGGUUUUGAGGGUAAUCUGUUAUGGGAGAGCCAGGAUCCAACAGGCUUGAUGACAGUCAAUGUGUCUAAAGUUCAGCUCAACUCUGGUGGAGGAGUAAUCAAGUUAGGACCUAUAGAAGACGGCACCCUGCCUCACAGAAGUGCACAUGGCUUUCCUGGACUAGCCGGAGGAUUCAUUUUCUCCAUUUAUGAUGUUGAGGGACUAAAGACACAGCUCCAUGGCCGUGUUGACAGACAGCAAGCUCACAAGGCCAGGCUACAUAAGGAAGAAAAAGCCCUGCAGGAGGAGAGUCACAAACAUGGGGACAUAAUUUUUGUUGAUGUUGUGGACACAUACAGAACUGUGCCUUAUAAACUGCUAUACUUUUACAAAUGGAUGGUGAGGAAUGCUGAAUUUAGUCUGCUCCUGAAGACAGAUGAUGAUUGCUUUAUCAACGUGGAUGAAGUAUUGAUGAAAAUUGACUACAAAGGCCUGAUUCGCAGUAAUCUGUGGUGGGGAAAUUUUUCGCAGAGCUGGGCUGUGGAUCGUGUAGGGAAGUGGCAAGAGUUGGAGUAUAGUAGUCCUGUGUAUCCAGCAUUUGCAUGUGGUUCUGGGUAUGUGGUUUCCAGAGACUUAGUGGAGUGGCUGGCCAGCAAUGCAGACAAUCUUAAAGUUUACCAGGGAGAGGAUGUGAGCAUGGGAAUAUGGAUGGCUGCAGUAGGGCCUCAAAAAUAUCAGGAUCCAGGCUGGCUGUGUGAAAAAGAGUGCUAUGUCGACAUGUUGUCAUCACCACAGCAUACAGUGAAGGAGCUACGCUUGCUUUGGGAACAGAAAAGAGUUUGUGGAGAUCCAUGUGGCUGUUCUUAGCAUCAUAGCUGAAGCCUCUGUAGUACUUGAAAAUGUCUUACAAUUUAGUGUAACCCAUGAUAUUUAUUAGAACCCAUUCACAUGCAUUAACAGUAAUUCACUAAUUCAGUCUUGUUGGACUUGUUGGGAGAGUUUGUUGUAGCUGCGGUGACAUACUUUUAAUGCAGCCCCAGUUAUCAUUUGGCAAAGCUUUCAAGACUGCUGUAUUCUUGAAGUUGGUUUCUAUCUAAUUCUGUAUUAUUUACAGUUCCAUAUACAGUCCUUAUAUGUAUUUUUGAUUUUUAUUGUACUCUGCUUCCAUAAAAAAAUAUGAAAUACCUUUA